AUGCGUCUGCACCUUCAGAGGGCCAACUUGAGGCGAGUGUACGAGGAGCAGGUGGAGCCGAUCUUUACUGCGGUGGUGGCCGAAGCAGAGGGCGAGCAGGGGAGUGGCGACGCCUCUAGCGGCAUCUCCUUGGACGAUUUCCUCUGGGCCAAUUCCAUCUUCUGGUCGCGAGCCCUCACCCUUCCACUGACUCCCUGCCUCUCUGCCUACGCCAACGACGCUGCUGCCGAUGCUGGUUCCCCCACUGGUGCUGCUGCUGCUGCUGUUGUUCAUGCUGAUGCUGAUCCUGCUGCUGAUAGUGCCAAUACUGCCGAUGCUGCUGACACCCCUCCUGCAUCGUCCCCAUCACACAGUCUAGAGGCGAUUGUCCCGGGAGUUGACUUCUGCAACCACUCCCUUCUGCCCUGUGCUCGAUGGGAGGUCCUCACAGCAAGCCAGCUCACCAGCUCCCCCGGGAAGAACGGCAGUGGGGAAGAACACAAGAGGAGGGCUGAAAUUGAACGGAGGGGAGAUGGGGCAGUAGCAGGUUCAGCGUCAGGCUCACAGCCACUGCAGCAGAUGGCCAACUCUGAUGCUGUGUGCUUGCUGCAAGUGGUGCCUCCGGUGGGGGGCAACGAGGUUACCAUCAGCUAUGGAGAGAAGGGAAACGAGGAGCUUCUGUUUCUCUACGGCUUUGCAAUUCCCAACAACCCCCACCAGCGCCUUAUGCUCAACUACCCCCCGGCUCACCUUCAGGAAGACCCACGCGCUGAUACCAAGCUACAGCUCUUAGCCGUGCAGGACCUCUCGCUACAAUGGAUCAUUCCGCGUCCUUCCAAGUUUCCCAUCAAUGCUCGCCAGAAGCAGGGGCACGAUGAGAAGCAGGGGCAGCAGGUGCUGCAACAGAAGCAAGCACAGCAUGGAGAGCAGAAUGAGGAGGAGGGUGAGGAGGAGCAGGAGUCUGAGCGAGGGGAUGUGUUUCCCUCUAGCAUGAUGGCAGCUCUGCGAGUGCUCUCACUCACCGAACCCCAGGUGGAGGCUGCCACGUCAGCACUCCUGGAGCGCAAGGCAGCAGCAGGGGCGGGGCCUCUAAGCCCUGCAGAUGCACGAGAGGCAGUGAGGGGGGCAGCAGGGGGCGAUGCAGAGGCACUAAUGUUGUCUCACCAGCGACAAAACCAACCAUCACCACCCAUCACAUCCCUUCCUUUCUUCCCUGCAUCACAGCGCAAGGCAGCAGCAGGGGCGGGGCCUCUAAGCCCUGCAGAUGCACGGGAGGCAUCGGGGGUUAGGGAUGGCGAGUCGUGGGACAGGAGUGACGAGUCAAGGUUCAGGUUUGGUGUUCUAAGGGCAAUUUUUGAGACGUCUCAAAAGUGUUCCAAGGGCCACGCAUGGUGGAUGGCACAGGGACCGCUGAAGAAGACACUGCAUGGCUCGCUGCACAUGCACAGAUUGAUGAGCCGAAUUCACCUCACAUCCUCCCCUCUCCCUGCUCACAGGCUUGACAACAUGCUGCAGAGUACAGGGACCGCUGAAGAAGACUCUGCAUGGCUCACUGCACAUGCGCAGAUUGAUGGGCAUGAUAAGAGCAUGCGGCACAAGGCUCUCUGUGUGGUCUAUCGCCUGGGCCAGAAGCUGCUGGCUCAAGAGCUGCUCACACGAGUUGGCUCAUGCAUUUGA